AUGCCAAAGUCGAAGAAACUGUACAUCUGGAAGCUCAGCACUACAUGGCCUUCGGAACGCCCCUCGCGCGAGCGCUUGGUCGAGAAGAACUUCCGGCUCCACGUCGAUGAGAAAGAAUACGAAGAUGAGGAUGGAGAUUACCGGUGCAUUGUCAAACUCAUUAUGAGGGAUGAUACAUACCAGGAGUCCCACGCUUCUGGUGUCCUUGUAGGACCUGACACCAUUCUGACCUCGGCACACAACGUUCUGGACCAUCGUGAAACUUCAGUUUCGCACGCUGUAGCUGUCAAAGCUUAUAUCGGAUACCAUCUUGGCUCCUCUUCUGGAGGAAAAGGGGUUCAAGAACGUUUCGGCACAAUGGUCGUAGUACCUGCAAAAUUCGUUGUCUCUGAAUACAAUGCGUCCUACGACAGAGCUCUUAUCAAGGUCGAUAGUAUAUUUACGCAGGUCAAGCCAGCCAUGUAUAGAGCGCCAUCAUCAGGAAUGACAAAGGUCCUCGUCGUCGGUUAUCCUGGCAACAACACAUCGCAAGUCCGCAAUGCAUGUUCAGAGUGCCUGUGGGCUGGUUGUAUGUACGUAGUGAAGGGUGAGGCUGAGCUCAAGGUCCAAAAGCUAUUGCAUUAUAAGCUAUCGACUGCGGAAGGUAACUCUGGAGGUCCCGUAUUUCUCGACGAGAUGCCGAGAACAGUCAUUGCUACUCAUACCGGCGGCGCCUCCGAAGGAAUCAAUCGCGCCACUGCAGUGGAUGUCGACUUUAUCAAAGCAGGCAGGGCUGCCCUAAAACAACAACAUCCAUCUCCCCAUCGAUACAUCGUUAUGCGCCAACAAGCCGGCACUUAUACUUGGGUUCUCCUUCAACCGGAACGCGAAUGGACCAACUACGUCCCAGGGUCCAGGGCGUCUCGGCGCUGA